AUGCAAUACCAGAAAGCAAGACUAGAAGAAUCCUUUAAUGUUGCUUUUGACUACAAGAGCAACGAUACUAUACAAAGUUCCCCAACAGUAAUAGACAGCGCAAUGUUAGAAAACAAUAGUUCAGGUACAAAUUCUUACUCUGCAGUAGCCAAAUGCAUACCAAAACCAGUGUUCCUAAAGAGAGACCAAGCUAUUUUAAUUCAUUCGGAACCAAAUUUAGUCCUCUUCGACUACGUUAAAGCCAUUGAUUAUCUAAUUGAAAAUCACCCUGCGGAUAAGGCAAAUUCGCCGGUUUUAGCUAUAAGAAGAUUGGUUAUACUUGCAAAGCGUGCAUUAAUCUCGAAUGUUAGCCCUUCCAUUCCGCACGAACUGGUUGAAAAAGCAUUAAGAGAUUAUGGGCUCCAACUAGCUUCUCUCGUUUCGUUUCUGAAGGUUGGUAUACUGGGUGAUGACUAUUCCCAUAUAAUAGGUUUUCGUAGACAGGUUUUCGUUAUUCCUCAGUCAGAAAACCCUGUCAUAAUUCCGCAUGAUAACAAUUCAUUCAGAAUCUUCUUAUCUUUUGAUAAAAUGGAAUUCUUUCUCUGCAAAUCGAUUGGUCAUGUAGAAAAGAUUUGUCCUAAUAAAGUUGAUAAGUCUGCGACCGAAGAGGAUGUUCCUUUCCUUUAA